AUGUUCUAAUUGAGAACCAUCUCCAAGCAUACUCUCAGACUCCUCACUCAAACUAACAAGCAAAGUGUAGUUAUGAAUCUAAAUAGAGCUUUUGCUUCAAAGUUCGAUCCCCCUGGAUAUGAUACAUUUGCUUAAGAGGACAGAGCUAAAGCUUAAGAACUCAAGUAGCAACAGUAAAAUAAUCAAAAUGUCGAAAGUCAAGGAAAUGAUGAGAUGGAAGAGGAUGUGGUCCCAGAAGUUUUUAGAGCUCACAGACACACCUACAGCGAGAAGCCUAAAGAAAUCGAGGGAUACAAAAGACAGUUAUAUUACAGAUGUUCUCACAUUGGAACUAAGGAAUUGGAAAUCAUCUUAGGCGACUGGCUAAAGCUAAACAUGCACAACAUGAGCUAUGCUGACUUGGAGGAGUUCGACAACAACAUCCUUGACAUUGAGAACCCACAACUUUAAAGGUAUUUCGUCAACGGAGAGCCCAUUAAGGAUUUCCACUUGAACAAUAAAUACGUUAAGAUCGUGCAAGAUUAUGUAGAGAGAAGAAAGACUGACUAUAUCAAUAACAUUCCAAAGCCAGAGAUCUUCUGA